GUGCGUGCGGCAAGUGCACCGGCCACGUACAGGAGGACUUUGGAGUGCGAUGCCGAGGUUGAGGAGAGGCAGCUGAAAGGCUACGUGGGCGAGUUGUCACAAAGGAUGGAGGAGUUGUCAGAAGAGAUUAACCAAAAGGGGGUGCAAGAGAGCCACAUGGCCGAGCCUGCUGCAGAAGGGAAUGAAAUUCAGCCAAGCCAGUCCGAAGUGGUGGCAGAGCUUGCAGGGGGGCCCGAGCGACCGCCUCUGCCAUAUGCCUUCAGCGAGGGUGGUAUUGGACAUCCUGAGGUUUGCCGCCGACCGUGCGUGUACUUCAACAGGGGAUUUUGUCACAGCGGUGCUGCCUGCGGCUACUGCCAUCACCAGCACCCGGACCGCGAAGCCAAGCUGGACAAGAAGCAGCGUCUUACCCUUGACGAGAUCACGAAGGCACAGCUAAUCGCUUUGGUGUUGCACUUCCUGCGGGAACGUGCAGAGGAGACUGGCAUGGCUCAAGAGGCGACAGAGGUCCUUGACAUCUUUGCGGAGGAGCUCCGUUUUUGGGGUGGAGAGGAGAUUGCCGAGCUCGAAUCAGACAGCAAGAAUCGCAAGCUCGGGAAGGUGAUGGCCAGGAUGUCCUUCGGCGCCCUUCUAAGCCUCGCCUCGCACCGCUUGGACCGCGACCCGUUCCAACGCCGUCUCAGCCAGGCGUUGGAAACGCUGCGUCGGUCCGUCUGA